CCCAAGGAUCCACUUCAGACUGAUCAAGCCUCCUUUCUCUGCCCACUAGAGGAGCCCAGAACCUUCCACUGUGUGAUGCUUUGGCCCCUGCUACUGUCCCUGCGCUGGGCAGGGUCCCUGGCUAAGACGGGGGAUUAUGAGCUCUUAGUGAAUGACUCAGUGAUGGUACAGGAGGGUCUCUGUGUCUUUGUGUCCUGCCAAGUCCGUUACCCCACUUCCAGUAGUUCUGUCUUUGGCUACUGGUUCCAGGAUGGGGCCAGGAUAAACCUCGACUCUCCAGUGGCUACAAAUGACCCAAAUCGAUCAGUACAGAAGGAAGCUCAAGGUCGAUUCCAUCUCAAGGGGGAACCAAACACCCAAAAUUGCUCCCUGGAGAUCAGGGACGCCAAGAGAAAUGACACACAAGUGUACUUCUUCAGGCUGGAUGGGUCUGUGAAGUACAGUUUUCUGAAUAAGAAGCUCUCUGUGCGUGUGAUAGCUCUGACUGAGACCCCCAACUUCCAAGUCAGACCUACCCUGGUGUCCGGCACUUCCACCCAACUGAUCUGUUCUCUGCCCUGGGCUUGUGAGCAGGGGACAGCCCCCAUCUUUUCAUGGAUGUCAUCUGCCCUCACCUCCCUGGGCCCCAGGACCACCCUCUCCUCAGAGCUGAACCUCAUACCCAGGCCCCAGGACCAUGGCACCAACAUCACCUGUCAGGUGACCUUCCCUGGUGUUGGUGUUAUGGUAGAGAGGACUGAACAGCUCAUUGUCACCUAUGCUCCACAGAAGCUGACCAUCAGGGCGUCGUGGGGAGAUGACACAGAACCUCAAGUGCUGCACAGUGGCUCAUCUCUGCAUAUUCAAGAGGGUGAGUCCCUGAGCCUGGUCUGUGUGGCCGACAGCAACCCCCCUGCCGUGCUGAGCUGGGAGCGCCUGAUCGAGAGGCCCCUCCAGCUCUCUACUGAGGAACUGCAGCUGCCGAGGGUGGAGUUGGAGGACCAUGGAAAAUACAUCUGCCGAGCUCAGAACAAUCUGGGUGCUCAGGAGGCCUCUGUGAACCUCAGCGUAAGGAGCCUUCUACAGCUGCUGGCACCCUCCUGCUCCUGGGAAGCUGAGGGUCUGCACUGCAGCUGCUCCUCCAGAGCCUGGCCCACCCCGUCCCUGCGCUGGCGGCUGGGGGAGGGGCUGCUGGAGGGGAACAGCAGCAAUGUCUCCUUCACGGUCACCUCCAGCUUCACAGGACCAUGGGCCAACAGCAACCUGAACCUCAGCAUGGAGUUCAGUGCUGGCCACAGACUCAGCUGUGAGGCUUGGAAUGACAAUGGGGUUCAGAGUGCCACUAUCUUACUGCUGCCGGGUCAAGAGGUCACAAAGGACACAUCAGAAACCAGUACAGGAGUGGUCCAAGGGGCCAUCGGAGGAGCUGGUCUCAUGGCCUUGCUUGCUGUCUGCUUCUGCCUCAUCUACUUCAUAAUGAAGUUCCUCAGGAAGAAAUCAGCCCUGAAAGUAGCAAGCAUGGAAGACAACCAUCCUGCCGAGAGCCCUGGCUCCAUCAUAAAUGGUUCAAGCAUGAUUUCAUCCAGAGUUUCAUUAAGAUACCCCAACCAGGGUCACCUGAAUGCAUCAGGGUCACCGAACCAGGAAGAACAGCCACCUCUUUCCGUAGUCCCACACACCCUGGAGGAUGAGCCUGAACUCCACUAUGCCUCCCUCUCCUUCCAAGGCCUGAAGCCCCGGCAUCCUCAGAACACGGAGACCAUCAAGUCUGAUUACGUGGAGCUCAAGUUCCACAAGUGCUGACCCUCCUUGCUCUUGUGCCCCAGCACUGGUUGGAGUCCCGGAAAGGACAGUGUUUGUUAGGGGCAGAUUCUGAGAUGAGUGGCCCUCCAAACCAAAGGUUCUGAAGGAGAAGGCAUGAGGGCGACAGGAUUCCUGGGUUCAAGUCCAGGUUCAGUGUUAUUCCCACAGAAGCCACCUUUCCUCACUGUACCCUCUCUUCCUCCUCUGUAAAGUGGGGUCCCAUUCAU